UUACUCUUCUCUUGCCUCCUCAACACUUCUCUGCUUGCCACUCGACCUUGACUGUCGACUCGACUAUCAAGUUUGCCUCCCACACCAAGUACUAUCAGACAAUCCACAUCGUCAUCCAUCCAAAUCAACCCCAUCUCAAGUCCACUAGUAUGGCAUACCCUAGGCCCGAUUCCUUCUCGUUAGACGACGAGCGGAUGUACAGCAUGAGCCAUCCGAGCCCACUCACUCGUCCCAAUGAUACCUUCGCCAAGGGACCCGAUCCUCUGUCGGCUAACUGGAGCUACGACAAUGCCAUCGAUCUGUUCUCCCUCAACACCAUGAUGCCGGAGACUUUCCCCUUGGAGAUGUCCAACGAGAUGAUGAACUUGGACCCCAAGGAUUUUCCCGCCGACUUCUUCGCCCCACCCCCAGAUAUCAGUGCGUUCACCAUCUCCAACCACUCGGGUGAAGAUGCUGCCUCCUGCGGGUCUCUCUCAUCGGACCUCGACAGUGAUGAUCAAUCAUGGUCUCCUACCUGCCGUGUCUCUCCCAUUGAGCCUAUCCACAUGGAGCUGCCUAAGCCUGCUGCUCGUACUUCCAAGACAUCCACUCGUCGCAAGACGACGUCUCAACCGAAGCCUCGCGAGGUUACCGCGACAAGGUGGUCGUCCAGUCCGGAAAUUACACCGCAGGACUACCCCGCCACCAGUGUCUCACCCCCGCCCGCCCCCUCCUCCCCUGCCGCCAACAACACCGCCCGUAAGACCACCCGCAGUCUCUCCAGCGACUCCAACGCCAGCACGGGUCAGGCCCAGACCACCACCGGCCGCAAUGCGGCGAAGCGGGCGGCGCACAACAUCAUCGAGAAGCGGUACCGCACGAACAUGAACGCCAAGUUCGUCGCCCUGGAGAAGGCGAUGUGCGGCGGAGUCCAGAAGCCCACCAAGGGCGGCUCGGCUUCGCUGAAGAAGUCGGAGAUCCUGACCAAUGCCAUCACCUUUAUGCAAGAAUUGCAGGAUGAGAACAAGGCGCUCCAGAAGGAGCUUGCCAUGCUCAAACAAAGCAUGGUCCCGAACGGGAUGUGGCGACAUAGCAAGGGGAGUGAGGCGUUUCACGCAUAAGCCCAGCGGCGAUGCGUUGUUUUGUCUCUGCCCAGAUAUCCCCUUGUAAUGACCGUCACGUAUAUUGUAUAAUAAUUAUGAUGAUUUCUUUUUCUUUUGUUCCUUACAUCUUACAACA